UGGCCAAACCAACUCAUGCAAAACCAGGUUGUUUUUCUGACUUCUUUCACCUUCUCUUUUGUGCUGAGAAUGGAAACACCUCUCAAAUGCACCCUUAUUCUGACCCCAUUACCAAACCACAUGCAUCAGAACCACUGCAUGCUCAUAAUAAUGAUGCAAUGGUCAAUGCAACUAAACCAGGAGUUGUGGCAAGGCUAAUGGGGCUUGAUUCACUGCCAAGUACCAAAUUCGUAUCAAACACAGACACCCCAGAUUCAGUUCCCAGAAGUAGGUCAGUCAACUUUGUGGAUUACUUGCUCAAGUUCGACACCAGCCAAGCCAACCAUCACCAAGUGAAAACCUCAGCAUCAUUCAGAGAGGUUCCUGCACCGUUUCAGCACAAAAGCAAAAGCCACGAUCUUGUCGUGUUCUACUGGGAUAGUGGGAGUGAAGAUCAUGAAGUUGGAUCCUUUUCGAGGAUUCAAGAAAUGGGGUUGGAAGAAUCUAGACAGAGAAAGAAGCAGGGAAGCAAGAACAAGGAGAUUGUUGGUGUCACAGAAGAGAGGAACCUCACAAAGAGAAGGCAACUUUCCAAGUUCGAGAAUGAGCCUAGGGUGGUUCCUCUUAAGCAUGGUUCAAAGGUUCGAAAUCACAAUGAAGAUAAAGCUUUGGCACCAGUUUCUGCAUGCUCUAGGAGUUGUGGUAAUGGAAGAAAAGAUGGUAGUGGUGGUGGUCCUAGUGGGUUAAGAACAACCUCAACAUUGCCAAAUAAGCAGAAGAAAGUGCCCUCUGAAGCAAAACGUUUGAAGAAUACCAGAAAACAACACGAGAUAGAGAGUGAAUGUAGCUCAGAGAAUUUCAGUGCAAUCUCAGUCCUAGGCGACUAUGACUACUCAUUUCUUUAUGGACCUGAUUUUCCAGAUUACAGAAGGCACUUAAAGCCAAAGACAAAGUGGGAAUUUUCAGAACUUUUAUUGGAUGAUGAUGUUGGAGACAGAGCAAGCAAGGACAAAGAAUGUUCCUACCCUGACAUCAACCAGAAAAAAGAGUGUUUAUCAGAAUUAAGGGAGAAGCUUUGCAAGUUUACAGAAAAUGAUUUCAGAGAAUCAGAUUUCACAAGAAAACGCGUGUGUGAGGGUGAAAAUUAUGACGAAAUUUGUUUGGAGUAUGAGCAUAAAAUUUUUGACAUUUUACUACACCAGCUUGUCAAUGAACUUGUGGAACUUUCAUUUUGAGAAUUUUGUUAUGUUAAUGGGUAGAGAGUAUAACUAAAACUUUGAAAAAUGCU